AUGACUACUGCUGCUUCUGCUGUUUCUACUGGCAUGACCAGUGCUUUUUCUACGGUCAUGACUUCCGCUGUUACUGUCACUACCGGUCUGGUGACACCACUGCCUAAUGCAGUGUCUCAUGCUGAGAAACCAGAGAAAUUCAGUGGUGUGAAUUUCAAACAGUGGCAGCAAAAGAUGUUCUUUUAUCUGACCAUGCUGAACUUGGCAAGGUUCUUGACUAAACCCAAACCCCAUGUUGAUGAAGGGGAUGUGGAUACUCAAUCUGUGAGCGCAAUGCAAACUUGGAAUCAUUCGGAUUUCCUGUGCCGCAACUUUAUUUUGAAUGGUUUGGUGGACACAUUGUAUAAUGUGUAUUGCAAAGCACAGAUUGCCAAAGAAUUGUGGGAGUCUUUGGAUCGCAAAUACAAAACAGAAGAUGCGGGCACUAAGAAAUUCGUGGUGGCUAAGUUUUUGGACUUCAAAAUGAUAGACUCCAAAACGGUCAUGAGCCAAGUCCAACAAUUGCAGGUUAUCCUUCAUGAUAUUCAUGCUGAAGGAAUGAUGCUCAGUGAAACAUUCCAAGUUGCUGCAAUGAUCGAAAAAUUUCCACCAAGUUGGGUUGAUUUCAAGAACUAUCUCAAGCAUAAGCGAAAGGAGAUGAACAUUGAAGAUCUUGUUGUUCAUCUUCGGAUUGAAGAAGACAAUAAAGUGGCCCUAAAAAAGGUUGAUGGUCCUGAAACAGUGAAGGCCAAUCUUGUUGAACAUGGCCAAUCUUCAAAGGGAAAAAACAGUGGAAAAGGUGGAAAGAAAAGUCAUGGGAAAUGCUCCAACCUUGGUCCUAAGGGAGGAGUUGGGAAAAGGAAGUUCCAAGGAACUUGUUAUAAUUGUCAAAAGCAAGGCCACAAGGCCAGUGAAUGCAAGCUUCCCAAGAAGGAAAAUGCUCGACAAGUGAACAUGGUUGAUGAAGUCGACAACCUGGUUGCCAUGGUCACGGAUCUCUCGAUUUUGGUGACUGAAGUUAAUUUGGUCGGGCAAAAUAACAAGGGUUGGUGA